AUGUCGUCGCCUCCAUCCAAUUCUGGGCGAGGAAAUUGGAGAGCCAACGUUUCGUACUUCAGGCAGAUCCGGGACGAACCGCACCCUUACUCUCGAAUCCGUCGAAACGUCAAUCCCUGGACUCGGCCUAGGUCCAAUGCUAUCAUAGGUGACGCGAAUGGAAGCGGACGGCCUGAAAUCCUUUGGGGUCUUCCCGCACACACUGCUCCUGGAGGUCUCCUGUACCGCGACCCCAACCAGGAUGCCCGUCCGGCUACUAUCGAAGAAGAAACUCCCUACUGGAACGCGGAGAAUCGAAACGAAGCACGCCUUGCCGAAAAGGCGAGGAUUGCUCGCUGGAUGAUGCCUCAAUCUGAGAUGACAGCUUCCCCCAAUAUGCAUCCCGAGUGGAGACUUCAUCACGACUACUUCUUGUGGGCAUGCCGUGGUGAUGUCGAAGAGAUCGCCAGCCAGAUGCAAGCUGUUUAUGCUUUCUCUUCUCCUCUCAACCCGUCUUUCAUCGCGGAAAGAUUGAGUGGACCACGAGCCUUCCAGCAAAUCAGCUUCCUCCUUGCCUAUUUGCCCGGAGAAACCCGGACUCUUCAGCGUGCAAUUGCCCGAGGCAUUCUUUACGAAGCCAACUUAAUCGACCCCGAGAUUACCUAUGGACGUCGACUUCGGCGCUUGCGUCAGUUCAAUUGCAGGGAUCCUAGGUACAGCCCACCCGUGAUGCCACCGGAUGCUCCACCUCUCUGGAGGCGCUACUUUGAUGCGUUUCUGCUGAUGUUUCUCGGCGUUCCACCUCACGAUAUCAUCAUCAAACACGGAUGGCUUUUCCCGGCUGGACUCUCCGUUGAUUUCCUUCGCGUCCGCCUGUCCCAGCUUGCCCACAUUGGUCUCAGCAAUACCGAAGUUACUCGGGCCUUUGAGCAUAGGAAAUCUAUCGUGAUUAAUAGAGGAUCAUUGAACGCCCGUCGUCCAAGGGGCACGCCAAGGGGUCCGAGCAGAAGAGCGCGAAGUGUGGUCACUGAGCAGGAUGUAUUGGCGAUGCUUGGAAUAGAGUAA